CCUGCUAUCUUGGGAAACAAAUCCGGUCGAUCGUCGGAGAACCGUAAACAGACGGGGAAAUCUGACCCAAAACCUAGAUACAUACAGCCUAGGUUCCCGACUUGACCCUGAUCUCGGCCCAGAGUAAACGCUCGCGUCGUCUGCUCUCGAUCCAUAUAAGCUACGCCGAGCCCCCGUCUCUACGAUCCACACGCGCGCGCGACCGAUCGACCCAACUCAUCGCUGCAACCACCAGCAAUGGAGCUCAAGGGUACACCACUGCCGCCCAAGGACGAGUUCGCCAUUGAGACGUCGUCGUCGUCGUUUACCGUGGAGGUGACUGUGCUUUCCGCGGAGGAGGUCGUCAUCGGGGACCGCUGGCGCCGCCCGCUGGACCGCGGGGCGCACGCCGAGGUGCACGCGGGCAAGUCGAUGGCGUCCACCGGCGUCAACAGCGAGAAGGGCGACUGCAACGGGUACCCCUACUGGGGCGAGGCGGUCCGCGUGGCGGUGCCGGGGCACGAGAAGGCGAUCGGCGUGGUGAUCUACCGCCGGGAGGAGCCCGUGGCGGAGGCGAGCGUGCCCGUCGCCGACUUCAGCGUCGGUCCGCCAGGCCACCUGCAUUGCCUCAGCUACCGGCUGUUCGACGCUAAGUCCUUAACGAAGAGCCGCAACGGCAUCGUCAACAUAACCGUCAAGAGGCUCGACGGCGCGGCGGUACCAAGGCGUGAAGGGAAAGGCGGGAAGGCCGUGGACGACGCCGCGAGUGGCACUGGUGAUUCCUGCUGUGGUGGUGUCGCUGACAAGGGGAAGGUGCCACCGGCGGCGGCGCUAGCACCGGCCGGUGUGGUGAUGGGCUAUCCCGUACGUCGAGUUCCCCGCUGCUGGGCCGGCUAAAGGGAAGG